AUGCAUGUUCGAACCCGUCCCUCAUCAUUCCUCCGACCACAAAAGACAAAUCUACGUCCUCUGUCCACCAGCCCCACCCUUCGUCUAGCUAGCAGCCAAGAUCCCGAGACGAACAAACAUCCACAGCGAAAAGCACAAGAAGACCGCGAGAAACUCGACCCUCAGGCCAACGAGUACGCCAAGUCAGGGUCAGAUGACAGUGCCGCAAAACAAGACGAGGCAGCUUUCGAUCCCAAUAUCACGGAUCCGCAGGAGGCGAAAAAGAAGGCUGGGGAGGGGAAUGAGGUCAAUCCAUUAGAUGCGAGCCCUGCGAAUCCAGACAUCAGCUCGGGCACCGCAGAGGAAGAGGGCGGUGUCGCCAAGAAGAUGUCUGAGGGAGGUGGUGGAAGGAAAGGCGGUGGUGAGGCCGGCAAAGGAGAGCAGAGUGUUUGA